AAACUCUUCCGAGGCCGGCCAACACAAUUUCAUGAAUGACCAAAAUUAUUUUCGAGGUUAAUCGGUUGCUUACAAACAGUAGAGUUUGUUGUCAGUCAGUUCCUCUUGCCUAGUGCUCUUCCGACAUCCAAAGUUGGUAGCAAUUCGCGCUUAUUUUGAAUAAACUAGUGAUCCAGGUCGUUAUUUUAAAGUUGUUGAAAUGUCUUCGGAAUCUGGAAAACCUGAUACGGUUCCCGGUUUGGGGUUCAAAGACAAGGAGAAAGCUCACGAAACUUUGAAAAAUUUGGAGGGUAGAGACCCCGAUUACCAAAAAUUGGCCAUCAAGGGACUGAUCGGAAGGGCAAAACGUACUCUUACUCUGACAAAAGACAAGGACAAACUCCAGAACAUCAACGAUGCAGUCAAAAUAUUCGAGGAUUGGCUCAGUACCUUCGAACUUGAGAAUCGUUCCAAAGAAAAUCGUGCAUACCUCCCAUUGGCAGCUAUAGAAGCUCUUCUCCCACUGAAGAAAACACACGAGAUCGAGGAUGAAGAAGCAGAGUUCUUCCUCAAAGCGUACAAAACUGCCGGUGCCGAGUACAAGAAUUUGAGGACAGUGCCAAGUGGAGAAAAUAAACCAACAUGGGAUAUCGUUAGAAAUUCCAAAUUGAAAGAACUCUUGCAGAAGUUUCAUGAGAAUAAAUGUGAUUUAUGGGAUGGGGAACUACCCACAAAAGAACAUUUUCAUCUCAUCCUGUGGGCUUAUAGCCCAGAAGCAAGUAAAAUUAAAAAGAAUCAAUCGAAAUUCGAAGAUUUAUUAGGAUCGCAAGAAAAAGAUUCUAAAAGCGACGAAGACGACAAACAUAUUGAAAGCCCGGACAAAAAAAGAAAAUCAGAAGAAAGUUCCUCAUCAGAAGAUGAAUCUCCGAAAAAGAAGAGUAAAUCUAAUUGAAUUUGUAAUUAACUGAGUGCCAUUUUAUUUUUAUAUUAGAUUGUACGAUAACUUCGAAACGAAUUUUGUAUCUAAUGAGUCAACUUAAGUUAUUCAUUAAAUUUGUAUUGUUGGAAA